AUGAACGCCAACGGAUGGGCUGAACCUUCCAGUUCAUGGUAUACAGCUGCAGAGGAGCAAGAGGAGGAUCUACACACGCGGCGCGCGGAGAGCAUCGACAUACCACCCGGUGCUGAAGAGGGCAUUCGACCAUCGAAGAUUUACAAGUCUCUAUCGUUCCCGAUAAUUGCCGUCCUCAUGCCAGCGUCUGUCUUUGGCGUCCUUGCUCGCCUUGGGAUCAAUGCUCUUAUGGACUUCAAUGGCAGCAGCGUGUUUUCUCUGGUCUACGCACAGGCCGUAGGUUGCCUAUUCAUGGGCUUUGGUUUGAGGCUGAAGGAACCGAUCGGACAAUUCUAUGCACCCCUAUACACUGCUAUAACUACAGGAUUCUGUGGAUCCUUGACUACCUUUUCAAGUUGGCAACUCGAUGUAUUCAACGCGUGGAUUAAUGCAGGUCAAUUUGACCGGGGAGGUUUGCAAGACUUCUUGGACGGUGUGGGCGUUUCAACCGUCACACUAUCCCUCUCGCUUGCUUCUCUUGCCUUCGGAUAUAACAUCGCCUCAGUCAUUGCACCGUUCAUAGGCCGACCGCAGUUUGCACCUCGCGUGUUUCGCUACGGCUUCAGCCUCGUUUCGGUCCUGGUUUACGCAGCAACAUUCCUCACGUAUUUCCUCCUCCCCGAAAGUUAUCGCCAUCAGGCUACCGCUGCGCUCCUAUUCUCAUUCCCGGGCACUCUAACGCGGUAUCUUCUUUCCAUCGCUCUCAACCAGCGUAUUAAGGCAUUUCCACUUGGCACACUGGCUGCGAACACGUUAGGAACCGCGUUAUUGGCGGCAUUUCACGUUAUUCAGAGUACAUCCAAUCCCCACUCUCAGAACGCCUGUUCUCUGUUACAAGGGCUGAUUGACGGUUAUUGCGGAUGCUUGACGACCGUCAGCACAUUCGCAGCAGAGAUUCGCGACCUAGCAGGUAAAAAGGCUUGUAGAUAUGCUCUUCUGAGCUGGGUGUUGGGGCAGGCUAUGAUGGUCUUAAUCUUCGGAUCUGCAAUUUGGACGGGCCAUGCCCGAGAACAGCUUAUUUGCACCUUCUAG